UAAAUAUUGGGAAUGAAUAAUGGAGCAGCAGCUGGCAGGAUACAAGGCCAAGGGAAUUUACGUCAGGUAGUGAAUAUGCCAGUCCAGAAUGUAAAAUAAAGAAAUAGAGUCAAUAGGGGUACAUAUCACGGGAGAGCUUAUAAUGCUUGUAUACACAAUAGGACUCGUGAUUAUCCAGAAUUUUAACACAAAUGAGAGUCCCUGUAUCCGCAGAAAUCUGAAAUUCGUUGUGGUAUUCCUAUGAUACCUAGUGAUAUUUAAAAUUCCCCUAAAUUUACUGAGGAUUCUUGAUCUGGUAUCCUUUAAAGAGGAAUGUGGACUAAAUUUAAUCUUCAGAUUAAUUUCAAAGGUUUUUCUGACAGGUUGGUUUGUCUACUUCUUCAUCAAAUAUUUCGAUCUAGGAGAAGAUGAUAGUAUUGAGAACUGCUAUUCCAUGUAUCCUUUCAUGUUCUAUGGAGUCUAUGUGUACAUCCAAGCGAUAACCCUUAUCUUUGUGGUGUUGGCCUUUUUAGUAUUGUUUUGUAUUUUUGCAAGAACUCCUAAUAGGUUAAAUGCCAACGCUAGAAAUGGGAAUCAAUUACUGAAUCGAAUCACUCGGAGUGUGCUAGGCACGAGGAUAGACCAUAACAGACUCAAAUGACUUAUAUGCCUUGAAGAGUUUCAACAGGAAGAUGGAAUUGUUACAGUGAAAUGCAGUCACCAGCAUAUUUUCCACCAAAAUUGAGCUUUGGAGUGGAUUCUCAGAAAAAAUCAGUGUCCUUUAUGAAAGGAGGAUGUGCUUUUUAACAAUCUUCAAUGCACUCAGCAUGAGGAAUAGAUUUGAUUUAUAUUAAUGAUUUUUAAAUAUCA